GGAAACACUAGUUUUAUGCAAAGUUUUGCAAAUUCCCCACAUUCAUAGAGUAGGAUUAAAUUAUGCCCACAUUCCCCAAAUUCCAAGCACAAAUUCCGAUUGUUAUAAUGUUUACGUUUGUUUACUGUCAUUUCGGUGUUUGCUGCUGAAUGUUGAUUACCUACUUUGAUUGAUAAUAAUUUAUCAGUUUGUAAACAAAGCGUCACUAUUCUCAAGUGUGUGUAAUAUUUCAAUAGUUAUGAAAUUAUUUUGAACCGAGAACAUUUAUUACCUGUAUAAAAUGGCCUCGCCGGAAAAAGUGAACAACAAAGUGUAUGUGCUGGAUGGCGGGUUUUCUUCACAAAUAUCGCGUUAUGUGGGAACCAACGUGGAUGGCGACCCGCUGUGGACCGCGCGCUUCCUGCUGACCAACCCGGACGACGUCUACCAGACGCAUUUGGAUUUCCUACGAGCCGGCGCAGACGUAAUCAGCACGAACACCUACCAAGCGUCCAUCACAGGUUUCGUCAAACACCUCGGCAUAAGUGCUGAAGAGGCAUGCAGGCUCAUUCGACGAGCCGUAGAGCUCGCCAAACGCGCUCGACAGACGUAUUCAGAAGAAUGUCAGAACCAAGGUUUGCCGGUCCGCAAAGUUCGCAUAGCGGGCUCCGUAGGCCCAUACGGAGCUUACCUUCACGACGGCUCGGAGUACACCGGCCAAUAUGCCGACAAAACAGCGGACCAAACACUGUACGAGUGGCACAAACCUCGAAUGGACAUAUUAGUUUCAUCCGGCGUCGAUUUACUUGCGAUAGAAACUAUACCAUGUAAAACGGAAGCAUUUGUACUUGCUGAGAUGUUGAAAGAGUACCCGGAUGUUAAAGCGUGGAUUUCUUUCAGUUGCAAAGAUGAUAAGAGCCUUGCGCACGGUGAAAACUUUCAAUCGGUUGCUAGGGCUCUUUGGCAGAAGAAUACAGAUCAAUUAGUCGGUAUAGGCAUUAACUGUUUAUCUCCAAACUAUGUCUCAAACUUAAUAGACGGUAUAAACGAUGGUUUUAACCCACCCAUACCCAUUGUAACGUACCCCAAUUCAGGAGAGAAAUUUAAGCAUGGGGUUGGAUGGGUGGAAAAGGAUAAGUGUAAGUCCCUGCAUACAUUUGUUGAUGAGUGGUUGAAACUGAAUGUGAAGUAUGUGGGGGGGUGCUGCAGGACAUAUGCAGAGGAUAUAGCUGCUAUACGUAAAAAAGUUGAUGCUUUGCCUUUGAAUGUUUAAACUGGGUUAUUAAUAGGGUGGUAAUACUGGCAUGCUACUGUAUUAAGGCCCUCUAAACCAAAAAUACUUGAUAUAUGAAGGCCCCCUAGUGGGAGAGCCCUGAAUAUAUGGCAGGCGUUAUUAUUUCAUUUUUUGAGCAAUAGGGGCUCAUUAUUUUUGUAUCCUACUUUAAGAUUUUUUUGUAAACUCUGUCCUACAAUGGUUGCUAAAUUACUAUGUUACCUACUUUAUUCAUUUUUUUUAUAAGUUUUUAUAGCUUUGUUGAUUUUAAGUUACUUUAAGUUUAAAUCUUAGUAGUAAAGGUCCAAACGCACUUGCUCUGUGCAGCGCGACGCGACUUGGUAGUGCCUAGCUCCAUACAAACUCAUAAAAGCCUUGUAAUAUGCUGCGCCGCGCCACAGCCAAGUGUGUUGGGGCCUUAAACAAUCUCAACUAUGCCAAUGACUGAGUGGAGCUAAGUGUAUUAUUAAGAAUGAAAAAAUUGUGAUUAAGAAAAUAAGUGCCUUUAUGAAUAUUAUUAAUUUUAAUUUGAUAAGUCAUUCAUUAAACUGUUUGUAUUUGCCAUUCAUUAAACUCAUGUCAAGGCUUGGUUAGCCCUUAUCAAUUCCAAAGUUCAAGUUACGUGUCUUGCAAUCAUGUAACUUAACUUUAUUACUAUCUGAUGCCCGUGACUUCGUCCAUUCUCACGGGAUUUUAAAAUACUUAAACUUUUUUAAAUCCUGUGAGAACUCUGAUUUUCGGGGAUAAAAAGUAGCCUAUGUCGCUCUCGUCUUUAACUAUACCCAUGCUAAAAAUCGAGUGAAUCUGUUGCUCCGUUACGACGUGAUUGAAGAACAAUCCAACAAAUAAACACACUUUCGCCUUUAUAAUCAAAAUAUAUCACUACCCGUAUCAAGUGAUAGGUACAUAUUAUAUAACAUAAUUAUUGACAUGUAGUUUUAAGGUUGAUUGUAUAAUUAUACAGCAUUUAUAAUUUCGUUA